AUGUGGCGGUUUGUGUCUCGUCGCGUUCGAGCUGCGUCGAGGAGAUCGGAAUCUGAUGGUGCUCUCAUCAGUUCUCAAGUCUCCACAAGAUUGUUCUCUGCUCGUUCGACGACAAGAGAUUAUACAAUCGUUGAUCAUAAGUAUGACGCGGUUGUUGUAGGAGCAGGUGGUGCUGGACUUAGAGCAGCUAUAGGACUAUCAGAACAUGGUUUUAACACAGCUUGCAUCACUAAGCUUUUUCCUACUCGUUCUCAUACAGUUGCUGCUCAGGGAGGUAUAAAUGCUGCAUUGGGUAAUAUGACUGAAGAUGACUGGCGAUGGCAUAUGUAUGAUACCGUCAAAGGAAGUGACUGGUUAGGUGAUCAAGAUGCAAUUCAGUAUAUGUGCAGGGAAGCUCCAAAAGCUGUGAUUGAGCUUGAGAAUUACGGGUUGCCGUUUUCUCGAACAGAAGAUGGAAAAAUAUAUCAACGAGCUUUUGGUGGUCAGAGUCUCGACUUUGGAAAAGGUGGCCAAGCAUACCGUUGCGCAUGUGCUGCUGACCGCACUGGGCAUGCUUUGUUACACACUCUUUAUGGCCAAGCAAUGAAACAUAACACUCAAUUCUUUGUUGAAUACUUUGCCCUUGAUUUGAUUAUGAACAGUGAUGGAAUAUGUCAGGGAGUCAUUGCACUGAACAUGGAAGAUGGCACUUUACAUCGUUUCCACGCUGGCUCUACGAUCUUAGCCACUGGGGGGUAUGGAAGAGCUUAUUUCUCAGCAACCUCAGCACAUACAUGCACAGGGGAUGGAAAUGCCAUGGUGGCACGUGCCGGGCUUCCGCUACAGGACUUGGAGUUUGUUCAGUUUCAUCCUACUGGUAUCUAUGGAGCUGGAUGUCUCAUUACUGAAGGAGCUCGAGGCGAAGGUGGGAUUCUCAGAAACAGUGAAGGGGAGAAAUUCAUGGACCGGUAUGCUCCAACAGCUAGAGAUCUUGCUUCAAGAGAUGUUGUCUCAAGAUCUAUGACUAUGGAGAUCCGGGAAGGGCGUGGUGCAGGACCUAUGAAGGAUCAUAUUUACCUUCACCUAAACCAUCUACCACCAGAUGUUCUUAAGGAGAGGCUUCCUGGUAUAUCUGAAACUGCUGCUAUUUUCGCGGGUGUCGAUGUUACAAGAGAGCCUAUUCCUGUGUUGCCUACUGUGCACUACAAUAUGGGUGGCAUUCCCACCAACUACCAUGGAGAGGUGAUUACUGUUAGAGGUGAUGAUUCAGAUUCUAUAGUUCCUGGACUAAUGGCUGCAGGAGAAGCAGCAUCUGCAUCUGUCCAUGGCGCCAAUAGGCUUGGUGCAAACUCACUUCUUGACAUUGUUGUUUUUGGCCGAGCUUGUGCAAACAGAGUUGCAGAGAUUCAAAAACCAGGCGAGAAACUGAGACCUUUAGAGAACGAUGCUGGUGAGAAGAGUAUUGAAUGGUUGCACCGACUAAGGAACUCAAAUGGGUCGCUUCCAACUUCUAAAAUCAGAUUGAACAUGCAAAGAGUCAUGCAAAACAAUGCUGCUGUCUUCCGUACACAAGAAACACUAGAGGAAGGUUGUGAUUUGAUCGAUAAGACUUGGGACAGUUUUGGUGAUGUCAAAGUGAAGGAUAAGAGUUUGAUAUGGAACUCGGAUUUGGUAGAAACUAUGGAGCUGGAGAAUCUUUUGAUUAAUGCGUGUAUAACAAUGCAUUCUGCUGAGGCUAGAAAGGAGAGUCGUGGAGCACAUGCUCGUGAGGAUUUCACGAAACGAGAUGAUGAGAAUUGGAUGAAGCACACACUGGGGUAUUGGGAAGAAGGGAAGGUGAAACUGGAGUAUAGACCCGUCCACAUGAACACAUUGGACGAUGAGGUUGACACUUUCCCUCCUAAAGCUCGAGUAUAUUGACAUUUCAUAAACCUCCUUUUUCCAAGAACUUAUGGUGAGUUCGAGGUCACCUUUCUCUUUAACAAUUCAACUGUAUUU